GGGGGCGGCAACUUCGGGUAGCGCGGACGAGCAACUUGCGCUGCCGCGCAAGGCGCGCCCGCCUCCGCACCGUGCCUGCGCCUCGGCGCCACCGUGCAGGGGCCGUGUGCGAGCAGCAGGGGCCGUGGAGCGUAGGGCGGCGGCAGGAGCCGGGCGGCUGCGGCGGCGGGUCGGGGCGGGCCGGGGCCGGGCUGGGUCCGCGUCCGGCGCCGCCGCUGCGCCCUCCCGGCUGCGAGUCCGCCCGGCUGCGGAUCACGUGGCGGUUGCCGGAGGCAGAGACUAGAGAGGAGAGGAAAAAAAAAGCGCCUCAUUCCUUCUGCCACCGCCAUACUGUAUUUUAUAGUAACUCUCAUUUUUAUUCCUCCCUUUUACUCCCGCUCGGGUUAAAGACAAGUGAUCCAACCAUGACCGGCAAAACACAGACCAGCAACGUCACCAAUAAGAAUGACCCAAAGUCCAUCAACUCCAGAGUCUUCAUUGGCAACCUGAACACAGCCAUUGUCAAAAAGAGUGACAUUGAAGCGAUCUUUGCAAAGUAUGGGAAAAUAGUUGGCUGCUCGGUGCACAAAGGUUAUGCAUUCGUACAGUACAUGAGCGAAAGGCAUGCGAGGGCUGCAGUGGCAGGAGAGAACGCCAGGAUCAUCGCGGGGCAGCCACUAGAUAUCAACAUGGCAGGAGAACCAAAACCAUACAGACCAAAACCUGGCAACAAGCGGCCACUUUCAGCACUUUACAGACUUGAAUCGAAGGAGCCUUUCCUGUCCGUUGGCGGUUAUGUCUUCGAUUAUGAUUACUACAGAGACGAUUUCUACAAUCGGUUGUUUGACUACCAUGGCCGUGUCCCCCCACCGCCCCGUGCAGUGAUUCCGCUGAAGCGUCCUCGUGUGACUGUGACAACCACUCGCAGAGGCAAAGGGGUUUUCUCCAUGAAAGGAGCAUCACGAUCCACCUCGAGUGGGGCAUCUUCCUCAGGAUCCAAAUUGAAAUCAGAUGAGUUGCAAACAAUCAAGAAGGAAUUAACCCAAAUCAAAACAAAAAUUGACUCCUUGCUAGGGAGACUGGAAAAGAUUGAAAAGCAGCAAAAAGCUGAAGCAGAAGCUCAAAAGAAACAGAUGGAAGAUAAUGCUGAUUUGAUUCAAGAGGAAUGCAUAUCAGAGAAUGCAGAUAACUCUACAGAAGAGCCAAUUGAAGGAGGGCCAGAUGCAGAUGGGGAUGGAGAAGAUAUGACUGAUGGGAUAGAGGAGGAUUUUGAUGAGGAUGGCAGCAAUGAGCUGUUCCUACAGAUCAAGUGAUGAGAUGUCGUGUGUGUGAUCUCCCCUGAAGGCCAAGAAGAGAAACUCUGACUCCCCCACAGCAAAUGGUGAACUGCAGUUUCUUACUGGCUAGCAACACCUUUGAUUCAAUUUGUAUGAAAACUCAAUUUACUUAUUAAAAUGGACGUUAUUGUUCAAAUAUUAGAAACUCCAUUUCUUAUAUGUUCUAAGCUGUACAAUUGUCAGAUUUUUAUGGUUUAGAUUGUAAAUGUGUUUUUCUCUGGCUAAUUAUUGGUAUUAUUUUUUUAAUUUUGAUGUCUUAAAGGAUAAUGUACUGUAUCAUAAUAUUAUGAAGGACAUAUUUAACAGGUGUGGGAAACACUGUAUACAAAUGUAUAUUUCUAAAAGCUAUUUUUAUGAUUAGCAUGUUUUACUGUUUUACCAUAUUUAGAGUCAGGUGAGAUUGCACUUCUUUGUUUACAGCUUAAUUCAAACAAGAUCACAAUCAGAUGCAUUGUAUGGUAUUUUCCAUUUUAUUUAUUAUAUUCAUCAUUGGAAAUAAUUACAUUCACUAAUAGGGAUAGCUGCUAAAAAGUAUAAAUGUCAAGGCAAUCCUUCAUGACGUGAAAAUUGGAUCCUCCUGUAAAACCCUUUCUCCAGAUAAGUAUGUCUCUGGUGUCAUUCAUUAGACAAUAGGUACAGCUCUUCCUGCAGGUCUCUAAAGACACUUUGUGGUUACCAUAUGGAAAGUUUACAUGACAGUCAGUUUCCUGUCUAGCCAGGUAAAUUACUUAUAGACUGCCAAUAUCUGACAACCUGAGCUAGUCUACUGAUUACUUUUGGGUUUACUUUCUGGCAGUCGUCUUUCCACUCCUGAACCCCCAAAGCCCUUCUAAAAGCCUCUCGUUGGACUAAUUAAUCAAUCCAGAUGUUGUAGGGGGACACUCAGUAUAGAAUUUCUUAAUAAAUCAUGUUUAUUUUCAAAUAGAAUUGAAUGCGUUAUUUAUCUUGUGUUACUGAGAUAUUAAGGGUAUCACACCAUGUAUUAUAUGGGUGGAAGACCUCUUGUUCACCAUCCAAAAGCUAGACCUCCUUAGCACUGCAGAUUACAUGAAGCAAGGAAUAGAUAUUUAAGUGUCUGCAUCCUUCUGUGUUUGAUACUCCUGCAGAUACAGACACAUCUUUAAAGUGAU